CAUGAUGUGUUCUACCAGCACUCGAUUUGCCUCUGAGCUUUUGAGUGUUACAACAUACAAGCUGUGGGUACUUUAGCUAUUCACAAUGAUGACACUAAGGAUUCUUUUAGGUCUUCUCGUUCUUUGUGUGAUAACACAGCAAGGACUGUUGAAAGCUGAGCCUGCUAAAGAAGUAGAAAUUGACAGAGAGAUAAGGGGCAAACCAUGUUGUCAAUGUCCUCCUGAUGAUAAUCCCAAAAAAAUGUCUGAGGCAAGGGUAAAGGCAUCAUCAUCUGCAUCCGCAGUUGAAAGAACAGCAAGCUCAGUUAGUGCACAAAGUCGUUACAUCUGGCGCUGCUAUUGGUGUUAUUCUGGAUAUUGGCCCUAUCACAGAAGGUGUUAUUUCUGCUACAAGACCACAUAUCGCUAUCCAACCUAUCCAUGGCUGCAUUGGACAUGCAGUUGGUGGUGUUGGUGGAAUUCUGUUA